GAUGACCUAUCCCAGCUGUGGCGACCGGCUCCCCCCUCUGCGCCGUGAGGGACCUGCUCUGACAGAAGGUGCUAGGUCCUCGCAUGCCAGCCACGGGUUCACUGACAAGGCGACUGCACCAGGGACACCUGUGGUAUGUGCUGAGCUGCCCUCCCAUGAGGACAAUUGGCUCCUAAUAACACUGCUUGAAGAAAGCGUAGCAUCGCCUGUUUCAGAAGCAUUCUUUCUGGCAGCUACUCUGCUGGAAACCUUGCUGGAACACUUUGCAGUGGAAGAAGUGCCACCAGCUCCGAGGGAGUUGACUGCGAGCCGAAUUGAUCUGUUUCCACUCCUGCCGCCUCCUGCAUUUGGCCUUGACGCUGACAGUGUGCUGCUGCCACACAGUCGGUGCAUCCUACGGCAGCUCUUCUCUGCGUGGCCACCCACAUGGCUCUUCCCAGACGACUGGAGCGAUGCCUUGUUGCCCCCUUCAACACUGCAAUGCUUGGGAAGCCUCCUGCCGAGAGCCGAAGUGUUUCAGUCGAAGCGACUUGCAAAUCUCUCCUUUUCACUGUACACUGAUGGCUCGGCGACCCCAGCUCGGGGUACAAGUGGUUAUGCAGUUGUCAUCCUAGGCCAUGCUGGAAGUGAGACAGCACUUCUUGGCUCGCUCGGCGACCAAAUCGCUGGUAAUCAAGCAUCGCCCUGGGUGCCUGACGGACCGUUGGCUCUCCACGCCGAACAUAUUGCCAUUGCGGUUGCACUUCUCUGGACCAUGCAAAUGCGUGGAGUGAUUGAAGUCGUGCAAUGCUCCUUGUACUUCGAUUGUACCGCAGCGGGAUGGUCUGCGACUGGACAGUGGCAAACCUCAGGGCCUGCCAGUGAGUUUGUACACCACCUGUACAUGACAGCCAAAGCAAUGCCAGGCAUCACUGUUGAAUUUGCUCACGUCCGUGGACAUUCGGGGGAUCCAUGGAAUGACCUAGCAGACCACAUUGCAAAAACAGCGGCAGGUCAACAAACAGUCUGGCCACGCCCUCCUGAGGAGCUCUGCCGCGCAGUCGCUGCCCAGGAUAUAUCCUGGUUGGCGCCGGAGAUGGACGCGAGGGUCCACCACGCUGCGCCUAUCUUUGAUGGCAUUGUGCAUUGGAGUGACACUUGCUUUGCAAGGGCGCCACUACAACCGCAACAGCUUGUGCCCAUCACAAAUGAGGGAGGAUGUGCUGAUAACGAGCUCAAGGAUUUCUCCCUCUUGGCAGCGACCAUCAAUAUCCAGAGCCUCCGCAACAAAUGCAAGUAUGUUGAGGAGCAGCUCGUAGCCCGAGGGAUCCAGCUUGUCUUUUUGCAGGAGACAAAGCUCCCAGGAGGCACGGUGACCUCUGAACAUUACCUCCGGUUGCAUACUGGUGCGGAGUCUCAUUGGGGUGUUGGUAUCUGGAUCCACCGUAAGUUAGGGGUGCUUAGGCUAGGCAAGGAAGCCCUACAUGUGGAUGAAAGUGAUGUCGCAACACUGCACGAGACCCCUCGCCUUCUGGUUGUGCUUCUGACCAUCGGUGACCUUAGGAUCGGGUUGCUAAGUGGUCAUUGUCCACAUGCCAGCAGACCCCAGGAAAGGAUCGACUUUCUGAACACCCUGGCACCCCUGCUGCAACGGCUGAAACAGACCAAUCUCCUGGUAGGAGGUAUUGAUCUCAACGGUAGAGUACCUCCUGACUAUACUGGGGUCUCCGGUAGCCUGGAAUUUGGCGAACCCGAUGACACUGGUUGGAGUUUCGCCCCCAUCCUUGCUGAUGCUGGGGUAUGGAUCCCUUCCAUGUACACCCAACUUCACUGUGGCGAUUCCACAACUUAUGUGCACCCUAAUGGUCAACAGCACCGUAUAGACUACAUUCUUCUGGGUGGAAAGGCCUUAGUUGAUUGUGUGCGGUCUGAAGUGGACGAGACAUUUGACAAUGGCAGCCCACAAGAGGAUCAUCUGCUUCUCCAGCUCUCGAUUACAGGCAACAUUGCACUCGCACGGCGCCCAAGUCGUCUGCUGCGCCCCACUUACGACAGGGAGAAAAUCCUAUCUGAGGAGGGCCGCGUGCGCAUCCGUCGCACCCUUGCUGUGUUCCAGCAUCCAGCCUGGGAUGUUCACCCUGAUCAACACUGUCUGCAAAUGGAGGAAUUCCUGCGUAAUGAGCUUGAUACCCACUUUGCAAAGCCUCCUGUCCAGCGCCGUGCGUCUUACAUCCCAGACACGGUAUGGAUAUCCAAUGCCGAGCCUUUCAUCAGUGGCGAACAGGACAAAGCUAUGAUGUCGAAUUGCAUCGCCAAAGCCAAGAACACCUUCCUGUAUCAGGCGGCUUUCCGCUGCUACGAUGACAAUGUAGUCUGGUCUGCAGAAAUGCUGCCCAACUAUACUGACAUCGAGAAAGUCCUGAGAGGGAUACGCCGCAACAAAGCGGCAGGCCUGGACAAUAUCCCGGGUGAAAUGCUGAAGGCGGCCCCAGCAGCCUACCACCGCACUGUGCGCGAUAAAACUCAGGCUCUUUGCAGAGACGAGUUGCACCCGCUUCACCUGGGAUCCAAGAAGCAUGCCCGGAGAUUUGGACUUGAUGAAGAGGACAUCAACGAGCUCAUGAGUACUGUCAAGGAAUUCGCCCUCGCUGAGGACCUGUCUUUCAAGGUUUCCCUAG